CAAUAGUAAAGCUGAUAAGAAUGAAAUCAGCAAAAAUGAUAAGAAAUUCCAAACAAAGGAGAAACAAGCAGAGCAUAUGAUAGUGAUAUUGAUAGAGAUGAUAAGACUACACCUGAAAGCAAAUAAGCAUCUUGAUCAAAGCGUGAUAGCUCAGUUCAAGUAUAUAUUACGGCAAGCAAUUACAGUAUUUCAUUGGAUCACAGGAGGUAAGAGCAAGAAGGGACACAAACAGCAACCCUUUGAAGAUCUUGAACUGAGUGAAGAUAAUGGAGGAAUAAUAGAAAUACGUCAAAUACACUCCUCUCUUGCAAAGCACCCUAAAACACUUGAAAUUUCAAACCAAUCGGUGCUGCCACUCAAGAUUCUCUCUAAAGCUAAAAAGAUGAGACCUAGUCGUGAAGAUUGGCUAGGUAACACAAUCCAGACAGGAUUGGACUCCCAAAUCCAUCCAGGCACUAAUCGUGGAUUUUCCAAUCGACAAAAUCAUAGCUUAAGAAUCUCUCCUCGACUUUCAGAAGAUUCAAAGCGUAUUCUUACUUCACAUCGUUUAUCUUCCAAAAAGAAGGCAAGGGUUAAUAUUCCCAACCUAAACUUUUCAGAUCGAAUGACGAAGAGAGCCAAAAGGCUCUCUUCGUUGGAUCAAAGUUUUGGGCUGAAGGACAUGGCUAUUAAGGGGAAGAAGACACUGGCUAAAGAAAGACAGGAACUCAGAGAUAAGCUUCUUAAGAUCAGAAAUGAAGACCUUCCAUAGAUUUUCAACUUCU